AUGUUGUUGUUUUGUUGCAAAGAGGUGGAUCAGAGCAUUCAGAAGCAGGAGGCCAAACACAAUAAGGAUAACAACCUGGACAACCAGAGACUUUCAUCAAUACCUACACCAAGUUUUCUCUCUGGCGAGAACAUCCAGUUUGAGAGCGACAAUGUGAAGUAUCAGCUGACAGCGCCAGACACAAACUCUUCAGGUGGCCAGACAUCAUCGUUAUCCACAUCAUCCACAUCGUCAAGUGAUAGUGCAGGACUCAUCAAACUAUGGGUCACAAACUACAGGAUAAUAUACAGGUCGUUGGAGAGGGACACGCAGUUGGAGCAGGCAGAGCUGGAGGGCAUAGAGCUGGCGUCAAUCAUCUCGAUAAAGAAGAGUGUGAACAAGUACCAUCGCGUGCUCUCGCGUCUGUUCAAGGUGGUCUACAUCGCAUUCCUCAACAAGCAUGACGAGGAGACGUUCGUGACCCUGGUCGGCAAGCUGGCAUUCCACAAGCCCACAAAGUUCCAGUUUGCAUUCUCCAAUCUCGAGCGACCCGACCCCAACACCCUUGCCGUCGCCCCAUCCGACAGCAACAACACCAUUGGCAUCGGCAGGAACAGACUGGCGGGCAGUGGCGGAGCCAACAACACAACAUUAUCAUCAUCGUCAUCAUCGAUGGACAACGCUGGAAGUGGAAGUACGAGCGCACACUUGGUUCGCGUGACCUCAGAGUACCAGCGAAUGAACUUGAACUGCAAUCAAUGGCGCAUAUCACAGGUCAACUCAAGGUUCGACAUUUGCAACUCGUAUCCGGCGUCGAUUGUGUUGCCGGCCAUGGUGGAGGACGUACACAUCAGGGACAAGCGCAACAUUCGUGUGAAUGGCCGCUUCCCCGCGGUCACGUGGACCAACCUCGUGCCAAUGAGUGGUCGCACCGUGUUCCUGGCGGUCGCCCAUCAAUCAUGCACCUUCAACACAACGUCAUUGUCGCCGCUGUCCGAUGACGACACGGACAGCUUCGACAUCCGUCUUCUCAAGGCGCUGCACAAGGCUGCGUCGGCGGACCGCAUCCUCGUAUUGGACACGGGUGUCGCUGCGCCUUCAAAGAAGUACGAGGCGAUCUUCCCACAAUGCAGCUUUAGUAGUCUGGCCCUGGACGAGGGCGAAAGGGUGCGUCAGGCUCACUGCCGUCUGCUGGAGCUAUGCACCAGCGCCACUCCCCUCGAGGCAAAUCGCGCCAAGUGGCAGAGCGCCCUGGCCACGACAGAGUGGAUGGACAUCAUUUCAAACACUAUUCGCGCGGCAUUUCGCGUGGCCGAGUCGCUGAUUGGAGGAACCCCUGUAAUUGUACAAAGUGGCGAGGGCCACGAUCACGACGAGAUACUCAUGUCAGCGCUGGCACAGGUCAUCCUGGACCCGCACUACCGCACGCUGGCCGGUAUCCAAGCACUGAUCAACAAGGAUUGGAUCGAGUUUGGCGCGCAAGCCUUUGGCCACACUCAUCAACAACCCAAGAGCAGCAGCAGCGUGGCGUCUCAGCUUGGCGCUCUGUCGUUCAACAUGUUCUGCGAUGUGCUGGUGCAGUUUGUCAUGCAGUUCCCGACUGACUUUGAGUACAACGAAUCGCUCAUCCAAUUCGUCUGUCACAAUGCCUUCACCAGUCGCUUUGGCAACUUCUUGGCGCGCUCACCCAAAGAAGCUGUCCAACUCAACAUCCACAUGGCCACGCCCUCCAUCUGGGCCACAAUCUCUGCAUCCCCAGAUCGUUAUAUCAAUCCAUACUACAAAGCUUACUCAUUAUCAGCGCUACCAAUCAAGCAGUUCAGCUGCAACAACUUAUACUUUUGGAGCGAGUUCUAUACGAGAUGGAUCACAUCACCAACGAGACUCAAUGUGAAUAGGAUGGUGAAGGUGCAGAUCGAUCAGGCCAAGGCAAUCCAGAACAUCGUUAAGUCGGUAAACCUGGUACUAAACGCUUCCGGCCUGUUCAACCUGCCAGCCUCAGUCCUCCAUCCUCACGCCAACCAAUACCUCAAAUGCAUCCACUCAGUCUUCCUCUCUGACAACAUACUCUACGCAAUACCCACGACCAUUCUCCGAUUCGAAACUUUGAAGGAGUUAACGAUUGAGAACAACAUGAUAUCAUUCGUUCCACCUCAGUUCUGGAUGUUGUUGCAUGAUAAGAUCAAGGGACUGGAAUAUCUGAGUCUGGCGCGCAAUCAACUGACAUCAAUACCUCGCGAGAUAGGCCAGUUCACAUCAUUACGCAAGCUCAACUUGAUGGAGAAUCAGAUCAGUGAGCUAUCGCCACAUAUUACCAAAUUGACCAACCUGAUAUGUUUGAACUUGAAUGGGAAUGCACUGGAGUUUGGCGUUGAGCUAGUCAACCUCUACUCACUCACCGAGUUACACUUUGCAGGCAACAAACUAAAGACUCUACCAAGUCUCAUCUCUGAGUUGAGUCAGCUCAAGAGUCUCAACCUCAUGGACAACCAGAUCUCCAAGAUGCCCAGUUCCAUUGCCGACCUGCGCCAGCUCCAGCACCUCAACUUAUCAUCCAAUCAAAUUACCAAGAACAAUCAGAUUACAGCAAUACCAGAGGAGUUGACACAAUUGAAGAAGUUGAUCGUCUUGAGACUUGGCCACAACAUGAUCACGUGCAUACCUCCAACAAUAGGCUCACUCGAAUCAUUGGAGAACUUUGUCAUUCGUCACAACCAGCUCGAGUCGCUACCACAAUCACUAGGCGUGAUGUCAUCACUCAAACAUCUUGACAUCGAGGGCAAUCCCAACUUGAAGAAUAGCAAGUUGUUGGCAAAGACGCCCAGCAGCGCACUUGGCGCAGGCUCGACCAUCAGCGGUGGCGGUAGCGGCAACAGCUCGGACGCAGCGUCCACCACCAACAUGAGUUCAAUCUUCUCACAGAUGAAGGAGCAGGUCGAGAGCAUACAGCCAUGUGCGCGAGCCAAGAUUAUGUUUGUGGGCGAUACCAAGAGCGUGGGCAAGGGUGGCGGACUAUGCCACAACCUCUUCUACAAUCGCCGCCAGUACAAACAUCAGACCGACAUCAACAGCUGUGGUGUCGACAUUGACACUGUGCCAUACUACGUGCACGCCCCGCCAUUUGUGCGCGCCAAUCCGGACGACCAGUCCGCCAGCAUCCCCAUCGACCUGCGCAUCUGGGAGCUCACUGGCAACACACACUUCCGCGCGUGGCAGCCACACUUCUUCACAGACAAGACGGUCUAUGUCGUGCAGUUCACGUUCAGCGGGGAGAUUGCGACGGACAACGCCACUCUGGACUAUUGGUUGGACUCAAUCACACAUCGCCACUCCAAGAUCAAGAUCUUUGCCGUUGGCAUUGUGGCUGCGGGCCAGGCGGCUUCCGAACAGACCUACCUCCAGUGGCUGGCGAGUUGGCGUGCACUUAACAAGCACAAGUUAUACCUGAACCGUGCGAUCGAGUUCAUGUUCCUCACACUCACCGAUAAUGUAUUCAUAGAACAACUCAAGGAACGUAUCAUCGCAUCACUUCCACAGGCCACAAUGGUCAACGAGAUGGUGCCCUCGCCAUUUGUGCUGGUCGAACGCUACCUGGAGGAGCGUCGCGCAGCCAAGCCCACACUUGCCAUGGAGGAAAUGGUCACAUUGGCCACCAGCUACAAUGUGCGUGGACGCGCCAAGAUUGGCAAACUGUUACAAUUCCUACAGCACACGGGCAGCAUCACGUAUGACCCGCGACUGAGCGAGUUGAUUGUGAUCAGUCCUCCAUGGCUGAUCCAGAGCUUCACAGCAUUGGUGCUGGCCGUCGAGAAGAUGCCCAGCGCAGUGGUCAAGGUGUCCGACCUGGCAGUAGUGUGGCCCGCGCAUCGCGAGCAGCUAAUUCACUUGGCACAUCGAUUUGAUGUGCUGUCCUAUACCAAGUCUGCUGGAGCCAAUGCCCUGCCACUGCCACAGACCUCCAUGACCAAUGACUGUCAGAGUGUAAUUGUUUACGCGCUGCACCAACCAGGCGGUCUGCGGCCAGCUAGCAACGAGAAAACAUCCGCUGCGCCGGUGGUUGUACUGACCGGCGACCGAAGUCCCGCAAGCGGUAGUCCGAGCGCCAGUCUCGUCUUGGCCACAUGUGGAGGUGAAGGCUUGGCCCUGCAGCGAAUGUUGCAAUUCAAGUUCCAACUUCCAUCAACUUUGUUUGCUCAUAUCGUCCAGCAUCUAUCACAGGUGUGCAAGUUGCGUCGCCAUCAAAGCCAGGGCGUGUCGAUCAAGAGUGCCACAUUCAUCUCCGUCCAGGAUUAUUAUCGCGGAUCAUUCAAUCAGGUGAUGGACACAGCGGACGAUUCAUUGGAUAAUGCCGUCUUGCUCGUGAUCAAGCAGACCAAUGACAACACACUACACCUUAGUGUAACUGGACCCGAGAGCAGGUUCUUCAUCGUACAGGACAUGCUUGGCAAGGCAAUGAAGUUGCUCGAGUCCACUUUGGGCCACCAGUUCUCAUUCAAUCCAUAUCGCGUACUGGUGCCAUGUCCCCAUUGCGCCAGUGUAGCUGGCGGAGGUGGACCCAACGCGCACUUCCCAAUCGAGUUGCUAGAGCUGGCGUACUUGAGUGGACUGCAAGAAGCAGUGUGUCGCAGCGACCCUAGUCAAGAGUACAGAUUGGCAAUCAGCAAGUUGUCACCAGACAUUACCAUGACACACUUCAAGGGCAACAUUAUCGAUCAUCACUCACUCUACUUUGAAGCCGAGCUUGGACGUGGUGGCUUUGGUAUAGUAUACCGAGGACGCUACAACGAUCAAGAUGUAGCAAUCAAGAAGUUGAUUGUUGAAGGAGGUAGCACUGAGGUGGCAGGCCUGGAACCUUCCAAUGGUCAGGCCCAAGUCCCAGCCCCGGCACAGGUUCAAGAACCUGCCAAGGAGAGCGCAGAGGACCAAGACCAGGUGACGUCUCAAGUCCAGGAAUCAUCAGACAUUGGAUCAAACUCAAACUCAAAGGUUGAGUUUGCCAGCCUGAAGCCAGAUGAUAAUAUGGACCUGAUUCAGAGCUUUAGGGACUUUAGACGCGAGUCAUAUGUGAUGGACUUUAUGAAGCAGAGAGAGCGCACACUUAAGCUUGUGGGCUUGUGUCUCCAUCCAUUCUGUUUGGUCACAGAGUACAUACCGUGUGGCGACUUGGAGUCGCUCCUGCACCAACAUCGUCCCCUGCCCUUUGCCCUAUGUCUCAAGAUCGCGCUGGACAUCACACAGGGCAUGCUGGAGUUCCAUCAACAACGCCCGCCACUCCAUCACAAUGACUUGAAGCCGCCAAACAUACUCCUGCGCCACCCCAUGCCCGACCGCACAUUAUCCGCACCAGACAUGAUGGCACAACUUCUCGAGCUGGACCAGAUGGCGACGAUUGGUGACUUGGGCACAGUGCGUGACAGUUUUGGCUCGCGUCUCGAGGGUCGCCUCGUCGACAACCCAAUCUACCUCGCACCCGAGAUCAUUAUGAAGAGCGCCUACUACAAUCACUCAGUGGACGUGUACAGCUUUGGCGUGAUACUCUGGGAGAUGGUGUCUACGAUCGGCUACUUCUCCGAGGAGUCCUUCCUUGCCAAUGUGGAGAUACACGUAUCACGAGGCUACCGACCGCCCAUCCCAGAGUGCAAUGUAGCAUAUCGUCGUCUGAUCAAUCAGUGCUGGAACCAAGACCCCACACGACGUCCAACCUUCCAAGAGAUACUCGAGUCAAUCAAAGACAUGAUCAACAUAUUGAUGUCUGGACAAGUCCAGGUCCAGGCACAGGCCCAGCAAGUCCAACAAAAUGAUGAUUCAACUUCCUCCACUUCCACUCCAUCGUUGGACCCAACAUCAAUGUUGACCAAUCAAUCAGAUAAAUCUGGAAUUGGCGCCAAUGAUGAGUCCUCACAUAACAAUGUACCAACAACAACAACAACAACAACAACAACUACAACAACAACAACUACAACUACCUCAACAAUUCAACAACAAUGGAAGGAUGCAAUUAUUGACAACACAUCCAAGUUGAGGACAGCACAAUACCUGAAGAGUCAUCUCACCGAUUAA